AUGGGGGGAUGUGCCAAGGUGAAAAAUAAGCAGAUCCUAGUACUAGGCCUGGAUGGAGCAGGAAAGACCAGUGUCCUCCACUUGCUGGCUUCUAAUACAGUCCAGCACAGCACUGCACCUACCCAAGGUUUCAAUGCAGUUCACAUCAACUCUGAAGACAGGCAGAUGGAGUUCCUGGAGAUUGGUGGCAGUGAGCCAUUCCGCUCCUUCUGGGAGAUGUACCUACCCAACGGAUGGCUGUUGAUCUUUGUGGUAGAUUCAGCUGAUCACAAACGAUUACCUGAAGCUAAGAAAUAUCUUCAUCAGCUAAUUGAUCCAAAUCCAGGGCUCCCUCUCGUCAUAUUUGCCAACAAACAGGAUCUUGGAGCAGCCUAUGGCAUUACAGAUAUCCACGACGCUUUGGCUCUCUCUGAAGUGGGGAACGACAGGAAGCUGUUCUUGUUUGGAACUCAGGUGACUAAGAAUGGUUCAGAGAUACCGUCCACCAUGCAAGAUGCCAAAGACCUGAUUGCACAUCUGGCCAUAAAUAUGUAG